AUGUCACAUUCAUCGCAAUCAUCAUCAACAACAUAAUAAGAUACUAGUUAAACUGAAGGCAGUUAUGUACUAGUAAGCACUCUAGCCUAAUGCACUAUAGAUAAUUUAUUUGGAUGCAUGGAGAAUCUGAUUUUAUUAGCUGUUGCUCUUGUUUCUGUUGCUUACGGAUUUAUGGCUUUAAGAAAUAUUAUGAAAGAUAGAAAUUAAAUUUUAGAUUUCUGGGAUAAAGUAACUAUGUAUAUUGCAUUUUUUUAGGUAGUGAUGGCUGCAGUAUUCUUUGGAUUUUAUAAUAGUUAAAUUUGGCAUUUUAGUAUCAGAACUUUAAUCUUCGGUAAUUCGAUUUUGAUUUGCUAAAUAGUCUUCUUAAUAUAAGAAUUAUCAGAUUCUAUGAAAGCUAAUAUAGAUAAAAUGAUAAAGAUUACCUUUGGAUAUCUCUUUGGACUAUGGUUUUUCUGUGGAUUCCUUCAUAAAAAUACUCCUGAAGCUCCUUAUAAUUGCAUGCGUAUGGAUUGGAUGCUCAUUUCUGGUUCAAAUUUUAUCUUAAGCUGCAUUUAAGCAUAUGCUACUGUGAAUAUUAUUUAAUUUAUCUAAAAUUAAUCUAAGCCUGACGUUGGAUAUACUGAAGAAGGAAUUUAAAACUACUCAAAAGAUGAUUGUGAAAACAGAAAGGUAUAACUUCCUGGUCUAUUGAUAGGUGUAUUAUUGCCCUCUUUUCUAUUGUUCAUUUGGGAUUACAUCUCCCAUACUCAUGCUGAAAAGCUGAUUGAUUGCAACGAAUUCUACUUUUCAUCCAACUUUUUUACACUUAUUAUUUUUGUUUUCGUAAAAGCAAUCUGUUAUUUCCUUGGUCCUUGGUCCAUUUUCUUUGUCUUCUAUUGGAAAAAUAGAAGCUACAUAAACACUGUUUAAGAUAACCCAAAUAAAGAAUUCUUCUUUGACCGUAGAAGCGAGUUAAUAGAAAAGCAAUCCUUUUGA